AUGUCAAUUUUUGCUAUAUAUAAAACCAACUACCAGCACCGAUCUGAUGGUUGGCAGGGUCGGCUGUCCUCUCUCAUCCUCCACCCCCCAACUAUCUGUGAGGCUGCGGUAAAAAACGACUGUGGAGUAGGUUGGGCGAUGAGAGAUGAUGGCGUGGUGGAGAGCCUGAAGCGCAUAAGUGAAGAUAAAGAAAAAAUCGAGUCGUCGAGCGUGAUGACAGUGAUAUUUUGCAGUUUAGUCGCGUGCAAGCUCAAAGCUGACGCCGAAUCCCUUUCCUACACUAAGUUCCUGUCUCCAGCUGGCGCCACGGACACGACCAAAGACUGCGAACCUACUCGCCGCCCACCCAACGCACCCAUUUUAGUCAGAACACUGCCACUUGUGGUUGCGAGGUCGACCUGCGACCCGACCAUGCCCAGGCGGGCAGCGAUGCUGCUGGCAUCGGACAGCCAACUGUCUAAGGCCAUUAUCACGGCCGUUGUUGUUUUUCACUUUCACGCCGCGUCAGUAAUCGAAUUGCAGUCCUGUAAUCUAAUUGCUUGUGUUAUUGGGAGAACAGAAAUUGCCCAACCGACCACCUGCCUCGUCGGGCAUGUGGCUGGGGCGCACAGGCUUCUAACGCCCUAUAAUUACAAGCGCAAUUGA